AUGUAUGGUGGGAGGAAAGCUGACCGGACUCUUCUCUCAACGGGGCUCAGUGUCCAUAUCCCGUUCAACAUGCUCCGCGCCCUCAGUUGUCUCUGCCUCGCGCUCGCCUUGCUCCUGCCGCACGCGGUGGCGGAGUACUCUUCCAGAAGCGACCUGGACUACGAGUUCGGGGACUACCGGGGCCGGUGGUGCAUCGACGACCACGGGUUUGUUUACGGGAUCGGAGAGGUGUAUUACCCGAGCUCCACGGCGUGUCCGUGCACGUGCACCGUGGACGGUCCAGUGUGCGUCCGACCCAAGUGUCCGCGAAUUCACCCACGGUGCACGCGGAUGACUUAUAGGGCAUGCUGUCCGGUGUGCGAGGCAAUGGCGAGAGUCUGUAUCUACGGGGGCAAAACGUACCGGCUCCUAGAGGAGUUCAGGUUGUCGAGGUGUGAGCGAUGUCGUUGCCAGGCCAACAGAGAAGUGUACUGCAGCAUUUCGGACUGCCCAGCCCCUCACUGCGUAGACCCCACGUAUGAACCCAACCACUGCUGCCCCAUCUGUAAGACUGGUCCUAACUGCUUUGCAGGGGCCAGGGUGAUCCCAGCGGGGGAGCGCGUGAACAUAGACCAGCGGACGGUGUGCUACUGCACCUACCGGGACGGGACAUGGCACACACACCCCCAGGCCACCUGUGAGCAACACCCCAAGCCCAGCCCGACAUCCAGCAACCCCACCGAGCCCCCCAGAGACGAGGAGCCUGGGGGGAGGAGGUUUAUUCCAAGACUUGGUGUGAUUCCAUGAAGUUGAUUGUUAAUAACAUUAUCUAUCAGGACAGCCUAACCAGGGCCCAAUACAUCCUCACUCAAUCUGCACAUUAAUGUACAUUAAUACUGCCAAUACAAUUAUUUAAGAACUGACAGAAAUGUGGGGAAGUCCGCAGGGAGGAGGGCUUUAAGGAUAAAGAAGGCAUUUGCGAAAGGGGGGCGAAAAGUUGCUAGCAUCCAAAAAAGAAAUUAUUUUUCAAACAUUUGGACACCUGGUAGUUUUGUCAGAUUGGUAACAAUUUCGAUUUUUUAUCAGAUUAGGUUUCUUUUCUGUUUGUAUCGUCAAAACACCCGAUAUCUUUUGGAAAAGUAUCAAAAAUGUGUUUGAAAAAUAUGUGCAUCAAUUUUCUCAUGGAAAAUCAGACAUUGUUUGUUAAGCCCAACCCUGCUUAGUACCUAGGGUGGCUUGAUGCUGCGCUGGACGCCGGACAGGGCAUUGAAAAGCUGGACUGUCCGGCCUAAAGCCGGACGUCUGGCCACCCUACCUGGUCACCCUAUUAGUACCUGUUUCUUUAUUCUGUGUAAGUUUAGAUGAAAUGAACCUCAGAUUUUUAGACAGACUUAGACAAAAGAAAGCCUCUCAUUUCCAGCCGAUGAAACAUCCAUUUUGCCAGCAAUGAAUAAAAAACGGUCCUAGCCGAUUUUAGCAGCGUUUGCUAGCUAGCUUACCAAUUUAGCAUUAACAACUAUUUUGUGUUGACAGCUGUCCAGCAUUUUUAAACUGAGAACCAGUGUUCUGAAAAUGUAACUGAAAGAUACACAUUUAAUACUGUGCUAAAAUACUAAUGAUAAAAAGAGUGUCAAAUCAGCCCAAAUAUUAUACAGAUCAGGAAAGCUGUUGAGCUGCUGUUAGCCUAAACUUUGAAAGAGCAUCUAGCUUUAAAAAGUGGGGGGGAACCCAUGUUAGAAAUGACCUGGCUUUGGGGGGGGAACAGAUUUUUAUUUUUAAUUUACAUUGCUCUGUUGUCCUACAUAAUACACUUGAGUAUUACUAUUUAUUUUAUUUAGUUGCAUUGCAUUUUAUAUUGGGGUAAUCUAAAAGGGAUGGAACCUUGUCAGGUUACAAUUACUUGUUAUACUUGAAAUGUAAUCAGUAGCUGAAUCCAUUCUUUUUUUAAAGUAAUCUGUUAGUCGUAUACAUUUUUACAUAUCUUUGUGAAUGUAUGUAGUUUGACAUUCAACCUUGGAAUUCAUGCUCAGUUUAGUGUCAUUCAUUGCAUGUGAAGCUAUGAGACAGAGCAGUUACAAUGACAAGGGGAGGUCAUUGACACACUGCUGUGAAGGAAAUCAAAUUACUUCUGAGGUUAUCCCCCCCUGCAUAUGGGGAAAUCUACAAUCCUGCCUCAUGAAGCCAACCAUCACUCCCAGGGGGAAAUGGCUGCAGUGAUGGGUGUGUGAGGAAUGCAUUUGUGAUGUACAGUAAGCUAAGAGGGGCUGCAUGGAAGUGUUGGUGGUGCAGAUGGUAGCCCGCUGCUUUCCUUCUGGAAGCACAGCAAGUAGGCCCCACACACACUUACAGAGCAGAGUGAUUGCAAGCUAACAAAUACAUUUGCAUACUACCUGUAUUAACAGAUGGUAUGUGUAACAGCACAAAUUCAUGCCAGGACAUGUUAACAUUUCCUGUUAAUCUCAGUGUGUGAUAAUUGUAUAUCUGUAUAUAAGAUCUCUAUGCACUUUG